AUGGCCAUGGCCCCAAACCUGUCCAUGCCUCAGGUGUACACCAGCCCUGUGGCAGUGUCUGUGUGGGAGUGGCAGGACGAGCUGGGCACCUGGCACCCUUACAGCGCCAUCGUCUGCAACUACAUUGAGCAACAGUUUGUCCAGCAGAAGGGCCAGCGCUUUGGAGUGGGGAGCUUGGCUCACAGCAUCCCCCUAGGCCAUGCUGACCCCUCACUGGCUCCUUACAUCAUUGACCUCCCCAGCUGGACGCAGUUCCGCCAAGACACAGGUACCAUGAGGGCCGUGAGGAGGCACCUGUUCUCGCAGAACUCAGCUGCAGGCCGGGGCAUCGUCUGGGAGUGGCUGAGUGACGAUGGCUCCUGGACAGCCUAUGAAGCCAGCAUCUGCGACUAUCUGGAGCAGCAGAUGGCCAGGGGCAACCAGAUCGUGGACUUGGCUCCCCUGGGGUACAACUACACUGUCAACUAUGCCACCUACACUCAGACCAACAAGACUUCAAGCUUCUGUCGUAGCGUGCGACGCCAGGCAGGGCCACCUUACCCUGUGACUACUGUCAUUGCUCCGCUGGGCCACAUGGGAAUCACCUGCUCUUGCCACCAGUGCCUCAGUGGCGGCGGAACUGGACCUGUGUCAGGCCGCUACCGCCACUCCAUGACCAACCUCCCUGCAUACCCUGCCCUGCAGCCCACUCACAGGACCACCAUGGUCUUCGGGACUCAUCAGGCCUUUGCCCCGUACAGCAAACCCUCUCUGUCUGGGGCUCGGUCUGCACCCAGGCUGAACACUACCAACCCCUGGGGUGGGGCAGCCCCUGCCCUGGGAAGCCAGCCCCUCUACCGCUCCAGCCUCUCUCACCCGGUCCUUCUGCACAUGCCCCUCGGAUCCGCCACGUCCAGCCAACCCAGCACCUCCCUCCCCAGCGGUCCGGCCAGCAGCGCUGGGAGCGUCCCCGCCAGCGUACCCGUGCAGAUGCCAAAGCCCAGCAGGGUCCAGCAGGCCCUUGCAGGCAUGACGAGUGUUCUGAUGUCAGCCAUUGGACUCCCUGUGUGUCUUAGCCGCGCACCCCAGCCCGCCAGCCCUCCCGCCUCUAAAGGUCACAGCUCAGUUAAGAGAUUGAGGAAAAUGUCCGUGAAAGGAGGGACACCAAAGCCAGAGCCGGAACAGGUGAUAAAAAACUACACUGAAGAGCUGAGAACUCCUCCGGAUGAGGACUGCAUCAUCUGUAUGGAGAAGCUGUCCGUGGUGUCUGGGUACAGCGACGUGACUGACAGCAAGACCAUCGGGCCCUUGGCUGUAGGCCGCCUCUCCAAGUGCAGCCACGCCUUCCACCUGCUCUGCUUGCUGGCGAUGUACUGCAAUGGCAAUAAGGAUGGAAGCUUGCAGUGUCCUUCCUGCAAAACCAUCUAUGGAGAGAAGACUGGGACGCAGCCCCAGGGGAAGAUGGAGGUGUACACGUUCCAGGGGUCACUCCCUGGCCAUGCCGAUUGUGGGACGAUCCUCAUCGUUUACAACAUUCCUCAUGGCAUCCAGGGCCCUGAGCAUCCCAACCCUGGAAAACCAUUCACUGCCAGAGGGUUCCCCCGCCAGUGCUACCUUCCGGACAACGCCCAGGGCCGCAAGGUCCUGGAGCUCCUGAGGGUGGCCUGGAAGAGGCGACUGAUCUUCACGAUAGGGACAUCCAGCACCACCGGUGAGACGGACACAGUGGUGUGGAAUGAGAUCCACCACAAGACAGAGAUGGACCGAAACGUGACCGGCCACGGCUACCCGGACCCUAACUACCUGCAGAACGUGCUGGCUGAACUGGCAGCCCAGGGGGUAACCGAGGACUGCCUGCAGCAGCAGUGA